AGCGGGGCUAACGGAGCGUUCCUCCCUCCUCGCAGUGCCGCAGCUGCUGUACGGCGGGAAGCUGGAUUUCCUCGUCUUCGAUUACCUCUCCGAGAUCACCAUGUCGCUGCUGACGGCUGCCAAAGCCCGCUCUCCCGUGCUGGGUUACGCUCCGGAUUUCGUCUCCGCUGCCAUGGCUCCGUACAUAAAAGAUAUUCACAGGAAAGGUGUUCGUGUCAUCAGUAACGCAGGUGGAAUUAACCCUCUGGCUUGUGCGGCCGCUCUUCAGGAGGUGGCAGAGAAGGCAGACGUUGAUUUGAAAAUAGCUGUUAUUACUGGAGAUGACCUAAUGAGUGAGAAAGAGAACUUAAGAGGAGCUGGCAUCACUGAUUUGGAGAGUGGCAAACCAUUUCCAGAGAGUGUUCAUAGCAUGAAUGUGUAUCUUGGGGCAAGACCAGUAAGCAGAGCUCUUGACCUUGGGGCUGAUAUUGUAAUCACUGGUAGAUGCGUCGACAGCGGGAUUGUAUUAGGGCCACUCAUUCAUUCUUUUGGCUGGAAUAGGGAUGAAUUUGACUUGCUAGCUGCAGGAAGCCUUGCAGGUCAUCUUAUUGAAUGUGGUGCUCAGUGUACUGGUGGAAUAUUCACUGACUGGCAUAUGGUACCAGACUGGCACAACAUAGGCUUUCCCAUUGUAGAGUGCUCUUCUGAAGGAGACUUUGUUAUUUCCAAACCACCGGACACAGGGGGACUGAUCUCCUUUGGCACUGUGGCUGAACAGUUGGUGUAUGAAGUGGGCAAUCCUCAGUGCUACCUUCUACCAGAUGUCACGUGUGAUUUUUCUGAAGUUUCCAUCACUGAAAUUCCAGGUUUUGAAGGUGGUGCAGUGAAAGUUAGUGGAGCGAAAGGAUCACCUCCUUCAACGUUUUAUAAGGUAAGUGCCACUUACCUUGAUGGUUUCAGAGCUACUGCUGUCUGUCCAGUGGGAGGUCCAAAGGCAGUACAAAAAGGAAAACUCACUGCAGAAAGUAUUCUCAAAAGGACGCGUCUUAUUUUCAGUCAGCUUGGGUACGAAGAUUACAGUGCAGUUAACAUACAGGUUUUAGGGUCUGAAGAUACGUAUGGACCGCAUGCUAGAAGGAGUAUAGAUGGUGGUCCUCGAGAAGCUGUUAUUUGGCUUGCAGUACAUCAUAAGCAAAAAGAAGCUUUAGAAAUCUUCUCCAAAGAGAUUGCACCAGCUGGAACUGGCAUGGCACCUGGCCUCACUGGAGUUAUCGGAGGGCGCCCUAGAAUAUCUCCAGUUUUGAAGCCAUUUUUCUUCCAUUAUCCGAAGAGCAAUGUCCAGAUCAACUUAUUUCUAAAUGGUCAGUAUGUUGAGACAUUUGAGGAGGAUCUCACGUUUACAUCAGAUGAGACUGUUUCCUUUAAUCCACCCAAGAUUAAUGGUGAAUUGAAAGAUCUGCCAAGUGGUCACCAUACCUACCGCCUGGAGGAUCUUGCCUAUACUAGAAGUGGAGACAAAGGCAACUCUGCAAACAUAGGUGUCAUAGCACGGCAUCCUUUGUAUUACCCAUAUCUAAAGAAAACUUUAACUGCUCAAGCCUUGGAGAACUACUUUGAACACCUUUUAGAGCGAGAAAAACCUGAAGAAGAGCUGGUAUCAAGAUAUGAAUUGCCAGGAAUCCAUGCAUUAAAUUUUGUUUUGAGGAAUUCCCUUGGUGGUGGUGGUGUAGCAUCCCUAAGAAGUGACCCACAGGGCAAAGCACUUGGGCAGAUGCUGUUGGAUUUCCAGAUUAAAAAUGUUCCUGAUUUAAAAUCAUUGAUAGAGUAACAGGUGCUUGGUACAUACGUUUUUUAACACUUUGAGUAAUAUAAACAUGUCAUAAAAAAGAACUGGGUUUUUGAGUCACAGAAUCACAGAAUGGCCCGGGUUGGAAGGGACCUCAAGGAUCAUGAAGCUCCAACCCCCCAUCACAUGCAGAGCCACCAAUAUCCAC